AUGCCUCUCGCCGUCCUGGACCGCAUCGUCGAUGGUGCGCAGCACUACAGCAUCAGAUCUGUCGACGAGCUGAAGAAAGAAACGGGAUGGAGCGACGCGGAUAGGUUUGGCACUGAGAUCGUCACAUUAAUACAACAAUACGUGCCUUGGCUUGAUCAACCCCGACCUCAGCCCCUUGCGUCUAUCUCUCCACGCUCCCAAUCGCAGCCUGGAUCUCUCCUCGUCCUAUCUUCUGCGGAUGUCAGUGCUAUCUCUUCGCAGCUUUUCCCGCCCGAUCUUGAUUCACUUAUGACUUCCGUCUUCGCCCGUCUCUCCUCUCGUUCCUCGUUCCAAGCACCCCAUAGAUCCGCACUGUCGCUCCCAAACCACACGGCCCUAUUCAUGCCCUCCACCGCCCUUGGCAUUGGUACUGCCAUAAAAGCAGUCUCGGUCCCCUCUUCCCCCACAGAUAUUCGCGGCCUUCCUGCUUCGACGCUCGUGAUCGACGAUGACACAGGUGCGGUGAAGGCGAUCGUGAAUGCGAGAAGCCUCACCGCCACAAGGAACGCUGCAGGCUCUGUCCUCGCUUCGCGCCUGCUCCUCUCAAAGACACCCACCACCCUCGUCGCAUUUGGCGCAGGAAAACAGAUCGAAGCUCAUGUCGACCUCCACCUCCGCGCCUUUCCCUCUCUAAACACCAUCACUCUCGUCAACAGAUCCGUCAAUGACCGCGUCCUCGCACUCCUCAACAUCCUCCAUGCGCGUCACCCCCUAAUCACUUUCAAUGUCCUCGCUUCCACGCCCACUCCCGCCGAUAACCCGGAUUCUAACGUGAGCACCAACUCGGGCGACCACCUCGACCUUGAAUCGCUCGUCCGCGCUGCUCACAUUAUCUGCACCGCUACACCGUCCACAUCACCUCUCUUCCCCUCCUCCUGGGUCUCGCCCGGCACGCACCUGAAUCUCGUCGGUAGCUUCAAGCCAACGAUGCGCGAGAUCGACGACGCCUUGGUGAAGAGGGCGGGCGUGGUCGUUGUAGAUUCACGCGAGGCGUGUUUGGUGGAGGCGGGCGAGCUCAUAGGCGCUGGGCUUGGGGAGGAGAGUAUGGUAGAAAUUGGUGAGAUCGUGGCGAUAAAUGUAGGAGAUGGGGAGGCAGAAAAGCUGAAGAAAUGUGUGGAUGUAAGGAGCAAAGGCGACGUGACGAUCUUCAAGUCUGUAGGCGUGGGUCUGCAGGAUGUGGCAAUCGCGUGUCUUGUGGUGAAGCGGGCAGAGGAGAUGGGCGUUGGCGUGCACGUGGAGGCGUAUGAUGCGUGA